AUGUCGCCACGGCCAGCCAAACGGACAAAGCUCACGACAACCACCGGUGAAGGCGCCCGUCGGUCUGGGCCACGUGAGGAGUCUCGAAUCAUUAGCGCGCUCCGCCCAGACACCGUGUUCAGGCUGAGACGCAUACCGGAGAAGUACGGGAAGAAGGAUAUCCCGGACCUCUUGAGGACAGCAUUUCAACAAGACGGCGAUUUUACCGUGGAGGUUGGUUCGCUGGCGCGGAGUCCUUAUCGGGCUGAUGAGAAGGUUGCUACGGUGACUUUGUCAGAGGCAAGGAGUCUUCUGCUCAAUGUCGCAACGGUUGGCAACAACGGGUUCGAGUGGCAGUUGGAAGCGGAGCUCAGGGAAAAGGAGAGAUUCACCUUGCAUUUGGACACCCACUUUCAGGGAUUCACACCAUUGCAUGAGUGCGACGAGGAUGGAGGUACUACGGACAUCAUCGCCAUUUCUGGUCUCAGCGGUCAUGCUUUUGGUUCAUUCAAGCAACGUGGAGGGUCAUUCAUGUGGCUUCGAGAUGGGUUGCCGAAGGAUCUACCGGAUACUCGAGUGUUCAUAUACGGCUAUGACACGCAGUUGCAGGGAAGCUCUUCUGCUCAGAAUCUUACGGAUCUGGGCUUUGGUUUACGCACUGCCCUAAUGGAUCUCCUCAGCAAGGAUAGGAUGCGCCACUCGAGGUCUCUUUUAUUCAUUGGACAUAGCCUUGGCGGUCUUGUCAUCAAAGAGAUCGGGGCCUUCUGGAAGAUGCAGGGACCAGAGGAAUUGCUCGUUGAUUUUGCAUCAGCCACUAUUGGAAGCAACAACUAUCAUCCGAUAGAUCGUGACCAUUCCGAUAUGGUCAAGUUCAGUAGUGUAGAAGAUUCAAAUUACCGGGCUGCGCUUGUGCAAAUCAGGAAACUGAGCAGCGAUGCUGGGUUUCAGCAAGAAAAUUUUACAGUAUCAUUACCGACAAAGGACUUGGCCUGCUUGAGAUCUCUAGCAUUUCAAGAUCAGGACUGGCACAAUGAUGGUGUCGAAAGCGCAGAGGGCACCUGUGACUGGAUCUUCUGUCACGAAACGUUCCGUAAUUGGUCCCAGAACCCACGCCAACUGCUCUGGAUCCGCGGAAAGCCAGGUUCAGGCAAAUCAACCAUGAUGAAGCACAUUUUUCAGUCUCUCGAAAACCAGAGGGAUGACCGACAGGUGUUGGCAACGUUCUUCUUCAACGGAAGAGGCGACAAAUCCCUGACCACACUGCUCGCUUUGUACCGCGCAUUGCUCAAUCAAAUUCUCCCCUACUUUCCAGAAUACCUUUCGAGAUUGACAGAGAGCUUCAAUCAGAAAGAAAGGGCUCAGAAAGGAGCCUGGAACUGGAGUGUUGAUGAGCUUUAUCGCUUUUUCGCUGAGAUGGUACCGGUUGUCUCUGCGAAGCAUCACCUCUAUAUCCUUGUUGAUGCUCUUGAUGAGUCUGGAGAAGAGAGUGCUCUCAAGCUCAUUACGCAGUUCGAGAAAGUUUUGGUCGCUGCUCAACAUGCUGGUGGCGUGCUCAAGAUUUGUUUCUCGUGCAGGCAUUACCCGAUUCUUACGCUUGAAGCUGGCCUAAGCAUCAAAAUGGAAGAUCACAACCAAGGCGAUAUUGAGGUGGUCGUCGGAAAACGUCUUCAGCAAUUCAAGCAAAAAGAAAGACGGACUUUCGAGCAUGCAAUAUUACGGAAAUCCCAAGGAGUAUUCCAGUGGGCAUGCCUGACGACCGACAGAGUAUUUUCUCUGAGCAAACGGCGGAAACCAAUUGAGUACAUCCUCGAAACUAUCAAGAAGACACCGAAAGAGCUGGAACAUCUUUAUAGCAACUUGCUCUUGGCUUCAGAGCCCGACGAAGACCCCGAAGAACGAAAACAGAUUCUAAAGCUGUUCCAGUGGAUGUGUUUCGCUGCUCGACCACUGACACUGAAGGAAGUCCAGCAUUUCUUGGCUAUUGAUGCCGAAAUGUGCUUCAAAUCAGAAUGCGAAUACGUUAACAGCGAGCAUUUCACACGCAACAAAGAUGACAUGGUGGAGGUUGUCAAACAUCUCUCCAGAGGGUUGGUCGAGUUUCGGUACAAUGGUUGGGAAGCUGUCCUACAACCGAUCCACCAGACAGUUCUUGACUAUCUGCUUGGAUAUGGCCUCAUACCUCAAGCUGGAAGAGAUUAUGACUACUACACCUGA